GGACGCUGCCAUCAUAAGAGGCAGAUGGAAGUUCGUUUCAGCUAGUUGUAACUGAUACAGUGGUAGGCGGAGGACCUGCCCUCAUCAACCUCAUCAAUCUCAUCAACGAAUGCACCUCGAUAGGGGGACAACAGUCCAAUUAAUACGAAAGCAUCGAAUGUCAAGUUCUAUAUAACCGAAGCCUGUUACGAUGGGUAUUGCUUCACUGCAAGCUCGAUUAGCACUCACGAACUAGACACAGCAUCUGUAGGCAAGCGAGGUGAUUGAUUCUUCUACCAGUUCUGAUUCUGAUGAUUACCAAUGGCUGAGGUUUGUAGGAAGCUGAGUUGAUCAUAGUGACUCUUUAGAUCUACUUAGUCAAGCCUUGUCAGCGGAUCAGCUGUCUUACUUUGUGGAGUGAACCCUGAGGUAGAUGCUUCGCUAACUGGUACCCUUUCUACUCCAGCAGAGAGAUUGUGGCGUUUGCAGCUAGCUGGGCCUCUGAGGGGAUUGAUCCAUAUAAAUAAAAUCAAAGAUAAAUAAAUGAGAAGUAGUUGCUAGAGAACUUCGAUUGAUUUAAAAGGAGAUUUUCUUAUGUCUAACUGCUGCUCCAAACUGCGAAAAUGGAGUUGUGAUAGCGUACUUGGAGGCUGAGCGCCAAAUUGUGGACGUUGAUUUGAAAACACGUCGAUAGAAAAGUGAUGGAGGACAAUAGAAUGGGAGAUGGUCAGGUGGAGGAGUAUAGCUCCAGGGUGAUGCACCUUAGCGCACUCACAUUGUGUGCGGCGAUGGCAGUGAUUCUUUUGCGUAGAGUGAUGGGAAGUUGGAAUGCGGACAAGACGCUUCCCCCAGGGCCGAAGGGAUGGCCUAUUGUGGGAUCUCUCUACUCUUUGGGCCCCAGAACGAUCCCCGCCUGCCGUAGGUUCACCACUUUAGCAGAUAAGUAUGGCCCUGUCAUGUUCUUCCGGCUGGGAUCCCGCCCCACUGUCAUCGUCUCCAACGACAAAAUGGCUCGAGAGCUCCUUCGGGUGCACGACCAGACGUUCGCGUCGCGCCCGAAGUUGGCCACUGGGAAACAUUUCGGCUACAAUUAUAGUAGUGUGGUCUUCUCUCCGAGCGGAGCCCACUUCGUCCGCAUGAAGAAGAUCUACACCCAUGAGCUCCUGUCUCCCAAGAAGGUGGAGCUUCUGAGCGCGUUGCGGAUGGAGGAGGCGCACAUCCUGCUGGUGGACGUAUUACGGAAUUCGGGAACGGAAGCCAAUGGAGUGGUGAAUAUCACGUCCUUGGUGUUCAAAGCGAACUUGAACCUAAUGGGGCGGAUAGUCUUCAGCAAGCGGCUGUUCGGAGAAUCCGCGACCAUCAGUGCUCCGCCCCGAGAGGUGGAGAACUUCAAGUUCUUUGUCAAGUCUGCGACGAAGUUGGUUGGGUUGUUCAACAUCGGUGACUACAUACCUGCCCUUCGGUGGCUGGAUCUCCAAGGGGUGGAGGGGGCACUCCUGCAAUUGAAGCCACAUCAAGAAGGGUUACUUCGGCCCAUCAUCCAAGAGUACCGCAAGAUGAGUCUCAAUUUGGAAGGGGGCAUGAAGCAGAAGGAAGAUGGUCGUGUCGACUUCAUCGCUGCGUUAGUCUCCAACGACUCUGGCUUGUCGGAUGAGAACAUCAUGGCUGUUGCAAUUGAUGUGAUGGUAGGCGGAAGUGACAGCACGUCCACCGCUGUCGAGUGGAGCAUCACGGAGCUUCUCCGACACCCUGACUGCUUGCAAGCUGCACAAGAGGAGUUGGAUUCGGUGGUAGGGCGAGACAGGCUGGUGGAAGAAGCCGACUGCGCCAACCUCCCAUUCCUCAACUGCAUCGUCAAGGAAACAUUACGGCUUCAUCCUCCCUCGCCUCUCGCCAUCCCUCACUUCAGUGCCGAGGAAUGCACCCUCGGAGGGUACCGCAUCCCGGCCAACACCACAGCCUAUGUCAAUAUCUAUGCGAUUGGGAGAGAUGCCGCCACUUGGGAGAACCCAAACCGGUUUAACCCCACCAGGUUUAAAGACUCCAAGGUGAACGUCUACGGCCACGACUUCAAUCUCUUGCCAUUCUCGUCGGGACGAAGAGGAUGUCCUGGCGUCCAUUUUGCUCUCCCAACGUACAAGCUCGAGCUUGCGAACCUCCUCCACUGCUUCAAAUGGUCACCUCCUCCCGGCGUUGAUUUCAAAGAUAUCGACACCAAAGAGGCUGUGGGAGUAGUAUGCUCUCGUCUCAAUCCUCUAAUGGCUUCCGUCACACCUCGCAUACCAAGACAUGUCAUUCUCGCCAAGUAGUGUGACAAAACUACGAGUUGUAGCGAAAGCGCCCCUCAUGGCGAUGAAGACGGCUAUACAAGUCGUAUUCAGGUAUUGUUCAAAUUGUUGGAGAAGACUCUACCGGUAUAUACUACCUGUGCAAUACUGAGGUCACCAAACAUCACAAGCAUUCCUUUGAAGUUGGAGAAUUGGGUGUGCUACCCAGCAGUGAAAGAAGCUAACCUCGAGGUAGAUAAUCAUCAACGAAGCACCUCGACACAGCACCUGAUUACUAAAAUAUAUUGCGUGAUACUUCAUUUACGUACGAACUGUAGCGACCACGUCGACACACCGACUUAUAAGAAUUAACCCCUGCCUUUAGAAAGCGAUUUUGCAGCUUGACGUCGACAGUAACCGCAAGAACACACAUCCAAUUCUGUUGACAUAUGGUGAUCUAGCAGAAUGACUCUGUUCAAAUAUGAAGUUCCUGACAGCCUUUUGGGUUGCUUUUGUGAGAACGACAAGGUCAAGUACUGCAGUUUCAAGGUAGAAUUCCAUGUGGGUACCAUGUACUACGUUUUGGAAACAAGGUUAUGCAAUGAGGUUGUACACGAAUAUUAGUUGCAUAAAAACUUGAUCUUCCAUGAUGCAAGUCCCAAGUACUUCAAGAUAAAGUACUAAGAGUGGCAUGUUACUGAGACUUGUGUACAAAUCCUAAGUUUGCAACAGAUGACUACACUGACAGCCUUAUCACGCAACAGCUAAGCCCGAUUUACAUCACCGACAAGCAGUUCCAAUAUACUGUAGCUAUUUGUUAUCGGUAA